AUGAUUUCCCUACUCCCCUCCGUGCUGCUGUUGCUACUAUCACAGUAUGCGACAGCUGCCUCGGACAAACCGCUCAAGUCGUGUACUGUCGUCUCACCCACAUCUGACCGUUUCUUCGACUUGAACCCGCUCCAGCGAUUACCGCCCCCUGGAGACAAGAAGAAGAAAAAGGAGGGCGACGAGGGCAGCUGGCAUGCAAAAGGAUACGACUACGGCGCAAACUUUACUGUCAACUUCUGUGGACCCGUGGUGGAGGAACUCGAUGCGGUGCAAGAUCUGGACAAGCCUUUAUGGAGGAACGUGAGCGCUUUCUAUGAAAAGGGCGGGAAGCAGUGGGCUAUUGGCCUCGAGAACUCAGUGCCCAUCUUCCGCGGCCGCAAGCUCAUCCUAAACUACACGGGCGGCUCGCUCUGCCCCUCGUCCAGCAAAUCGAAGCGCUCCCCGAUCGCGCUGCCCCAUGAUGUCCGCGAGAUCAUCACCGAUCCAGACAAGGACCAUGAUGACGAUAAGAAGAAGCCGAAGAAGCCCUCGAAAGACAAAGAGGACAAGAACAGCCGCCGCAAAACCACCGUCAUCUCCUUGCUCUGCGACUCGGACCCUCUCGCCAAGACUUCGAUAUCGUUUGUUGCGGCGGUGGAUGAUUGUUCCUACUUCUUCGAAGGCCGGUCCCCGUUUGCGUGUGGAGGUGUACAUCAAGAAACCCAAGCCCUGGGGCCCGGUGGAGUAUUCGGCGUCAUAGCACUGAUUGCCGUGCUCGUCUAUUUUGUAGGUGGUUAUGUGUAUCAGAGGACGGUCAUGCAUCAGCGGGGGUGGAGACAAUUGCCCAAUUAUGCCAUGUGGGCUGGCAUCUGGCGAUUCUUUUCUGAUAUGUUUGUCAUCCUUACGAGUUCUUGCGCGCGGUUCAUGCCCUCGCGCCGCGGGUACAGCCGUGUCUCGCUGGGCCAGGAGAACGGACGGAGAGGACGGAGGAACGAAGAUGAGAACAGGUUGAUAGACAAUCUGGAUGAGGAGUGGGACGAUUAG